AUGGCGGACAAGCUGUCGUGGGCAUGGAGCCAGGGAUCGUGGUAUGUUGUAGACUAUGCCAAGUCUGGACGCUCGAGCUGCAAGGAGUUUCGCUGCAAGCAGAAAAUCGACGCAGGUGAGUUGCGGAUUGGGAUUGAAGCGCCUGAGGACGACCACCGUGGCACCCAGCUGGGCUGGUACCAUCCAGCCUGCCUGUGGAAAACGUUCACUUACAAAACCAACGCCAACAAGGAAAUUCAGUCGCGGGAGGACAUCCAGGGCUUUGCGAAGCUCAAGCAAGACGAUCAAACACUGAUCGAGAAUCUCUUGUCGGGAAAACAAAUUGAUGGCCCCCCUGCGCCUGUUGGGACCUCGGCACCUUCGACUGCCCUGCGUCGAAAAGUGAUCACGAAGAUCGAAGGCAACACCAUGACGUUGACGGGUCCAACUUUCCAUAUCAAGGAGGACUUGAAGAAGUUUGGAGCAAAGUUCAACGGCGAGACCAAAGCUUGGGUCAUCACAAAGAAAGAUAACGAUACUUUUGAUGACAUCGAGAAGUUCUUGGCGGGAGAUAGCCAAGAAGAAACUAGCGCGGACUCCGCUGCAAAGCGUCGGAGGACUUGA